UUAAAAAAUAAAGAUCUGGAAGCUAGACGCCGAGAUGGACAUGUUCCUAAUGAUCUUCACAAAUGCGAAGGAGUCAAGCACAGUAUUUGAGCUGAAGUGCAUUGUGGAAAGCAUCCUCAAGAGGCCCCCGAAUGAGCAGGGGCUCUAUAAGAAUGACCAGCUGCUGGAUGACUGUAAGACCCUGGGCGAAUGUGGCUUCACAAGUCAGCCACCAGCCUCUGUGGGGCUGGCCUUUCAAGCUGAUAAUGUAUUUGAGACAUUGCACAUUGAAUCUUUCUACAGCCCCCCAGAACUGCCAGAUGUCAUGAAGCCUCAAGACUCUGGAAGGAGCACCAAUGAGCAAGCUGUGCAAUAA